AUGAGAAACAGAAAAAGGAAACUGAAAGAAAAAACCCAUUUUCUAAUUUCUCUCAUCCCCAUCUAUAAAUACCAGCAUUUUACACUCAAAAUCCCCAUCUUCUCCUUCCCCAUUUUCCUGGAAAAACAAAAAAGAAAGAUUAAAACUUCCAUGGAUAACAAGAUGCAACAACAAAUAAACAAUCCCCAUUUCAUUUCCAAUUCCAAAAGCCUCACCGACAUCAGAACUCUCCUCUCCAAUCUCCUCCUCUCUCGCCACUCAACCAACACUCUCGAUUCCAUUUUCUCCCACUGUCUCCCUUCCUCCGCCGCUCCUCCUCUGCCGGAGCCCCCGCUUGGCUCCUCUGUCUAUCUCCGCCAGAGAGAUCUUGUCAACCAAUUCUGCGUCCACAAUCACCAACACCCACUUGGAAUCUCCGCCGGAUAUGGGGGUUUUCCGACGGCGGUGAAGAAGAAGCUGUACAGGGGAGUGAGACAGAGGCAUUGGGGAAAAUGGGUGGCGGAGAUUAGACUGCCGCAGAACAGAAUGAGGGUUUGGUUGGGAACAUACGACACGGCGGAAGCCGCCGCGUAUGCCUACGACAGGGCGGCGUAUAAGCUCAGGGGAGAAUACGCGAGGCUCAAUUUUCCUAAUUUGAAGGAUUUUAGGAAUUUGGGGUUGUCCGAUUGCGGCCGAUUGAACGCGCUGAAGAAUUCGGUGGAUGCGAAAAUUCAAGCAAUUUGUUUGAAGAUGAAGAAGGAAAGGGCCAAAAAGAGUGGCAAGAAAUCGGAUCCCAAAAACAGUGUCGUUUCUGGAUCCCGUUCGAUGUCGUCGCCGUCGCCGUCAGUGGCAGAGUGGUGUUGGAGCGGUGAAAUGGUGUGUUCGUCGGUGGUUUCGGAAGAUGGGUUUAGGAGGUCGGAGAAUUCUCCGCCGCCGUCGUCGUCGUCAUCAGGCUCGGCGGAGUCAUCGGCGGCGGUGGCGGUGGUCGGGGAAGGGGUUUGUGAAGGGUAUUCUUCACUGGCGAAGAUGCCGUCUUUUGAUCCAGAUUUGAUCUGGGAAGUUCUUGCAAAUUAAAUUAAAUUAAAUUUCUUUUUCUUUCAAUCUAAGUAAUAAAAAUUAUAUAGUGAAAUUUCUCUUUAGUUUUGUAAA